ACACCUCAAUGUACAGCAAUGUGAGGGAAAGAUUUAAACUGAUAAACCCAAAUAUUGUCCGACCGCAGCAUUAUGAGCAACAGAGGCUCGUGUUAGGGUGAAAACACUCAAAACAAAUGGAUAUUUGUCUCUUUGCAACGUGAUAAACGUCCACAACUGUAGCAGAAGCAGGCUGACGCAGAUCAUAUUGAAAGAUUGAUUGCUUUUGUUCUGCUGGGAAGGGUGAGGAGGCUCCUGAUGGACCUCGGGAUUCCUCUGAAGAUGGAAGAAGCGCGCAGUCGGAAUAAAGAGCGUCUGGAGGCCAGUUUUGCAUGGCUGUGUGAACUGGAGAUGCUGAAGCAGCGGCAGGAGAGUCUGGUCCUCGGCGCCCUGUCGCUCGGGGACUCAGUGCCGGGAUGCCAGGCUUGGGGUGAUGUGGGUCCGGCCCGCGGCGGCAGAGAACAGGAGCAGCUCACUUUAAGACUACAGCUGAACCGACUCCAGGGCACCCCCAGUCUGCUGAUGCUGGCACUGCAACAGCAGCUCAGUGAGUUGAGGAUAGAUUCGGCACUCACAUGUGAGCAAAAUACAGAGGAGGAUUUGGACAGUCCCAGCGCAUCAAGCUCGGGUUUUUAUGAGCAAAGUCAAAGUCUGUCUCCUCCACUGCGUUCUAGUUCCUCUCCAAACCUCACUGCCUCCUGUUACAGGCCCAGAUCUGUGGAUGCCUACAUGCUGGACUGGGAAGGUUAUAUGGAGCCCACAGUACAUGCCACCCUUCCCCGCUCAUUUUCUGCCCCAUACCCCCCACUGGAGGGUAUUGCAGAGGGAAUAGAGGAUGAAGAAGAAGAUGAAGAAAGCCCUCAGUGGGUUACAGAUCUGAUGGCUGAUGGGAAUGAAAGCCUUACUCUCGAGAUGAGCCUUACUUCUGAUCCUGAGGCAGAUCCUACAGUGAAGAUAGAUGAAGGCCCAACCGAAGAGGACAUCCAGCAGGCUAUGCGUGUGGAGACAUACAUCCUGGGACUCCUGCAGCGGCGUCACUUCAGAUCUACAGCAGCACCCGAACAGUGGCAAGACUUACACACAUACCCUCAACUUUCACUUGAUCAAUCGGAAUGGCAGGAAUGGGCACAACUCUCAGAGGAAGAGAACGAGAGCGAGACCCAAGACAGAUAUUACACAAACCUUCCCAGUUCUCAGAUUGGACCAACUUCCCUAAGCAGCGAGGAACCAGAAUCCUCCUUGGAAAUGGAUCAGUAUGGAGUUAAAGAACUCUACGACAGCAGCAACGACUCCCCUCGUCAUCAACCGGUUUAUAGCGAACGCCGUCCCACAAUGUCAGAUACCAUGAAACCACACAUUCACACCUGCUGCAAUCACACCUGUGUACCUAUGUCGUCAACUCCUGAGUCCCGUGAGCAACACCAGCCCGUUCCAUCUCAAAAGUGGGCUCUUCUUCAGUCCCUAACCAGAAGGGUUCCAGAGGAAAGGUGGACAACUCUCGAAGAGAGACAAACCAAGUCAACCAGCCGCUCUCGGUCAGAGGACAGUUGCGUCUCUCAAGGAUGGGUCGCCCAACCAGAGCACAAAUAUUACACUGUGGGACGGGACAUCAGCAGGCAUCAUAGUGAUGAAUUUUACCCAUCCAGUCAGCGACUCUGGUGCUCCUCUGCAGAUCUCAGUCAAGAAGAGGAUGAGGAGAUAUUCAGAGAGGAUGUGCAAGAACUCAGAGUAAAUCAGUUACCAGUCAAACACACUAGUGUUCAGUUUGUGGAGCAGGACCAGAGGUUGCAAGAACGUUCAGAGGCUGCUACUGCACCGCAUGAUGGCUCCGACUCCAGUCUGAGUGAGACUCUCUCUCCAGGGACCAGUUCAGUGUCCAGUGACUCAGAUGAGAGUGGAGGGCUGGUCUGGCCUCAACAACUUCCUCCUCGCUUGCCCCCUUCCUCCUCCUCUUCCUCACAGAAUACCUCCAAUGCUGUGGUCAAGAUUAAAGCCUCGCAUGCUCUCAAAAAGAAGAUCAUGCGUUUUCGUUCAGGCUCCCUCAAACUUAUGACCACUGUAUGAGCCUGACUAUGAACAUCUCUGCCUAUUAUAUGUCUAUUUCUCCACUAAAUUCAUUUGAAAACGUCUCUUAAUCUGCUUUUUAAGUCGUGGCAUAUUGAAUACUGUUUCUGGGUCCAAGUCUCUAGUGAGAAUAUUAACUUUAUGAGCACUCUUCAUGGUGUACACCAGGGGUCCUCAACUCUGGACCUUGAGAUCCACUUUCCUGCAGAGUUUAGCUCCAAUCCUAAUCAAACACACCUGAACAAGCUGCAACUUUGUAUUAAUCCUGAAGAUCUUGAUUAGCUUGUUCAGGUAUACCUUCAACUUUGCAACAAGUUAUACCUGCAAUUUUGUGGUAAUCCUGAAGACCUUGAUUAGCUUGUUCAGGGGUACUUGAUUAGGGUGGAACUAAACUCUGCAGGAAAGUGGAUCUUGAGGUCCAGAGUUGAGAUCCACUGGUGUACACUGUAGUCUCCAUGCUCAUGGUGUCCCAGACACCAAUAUUUCAACGAUUCAGAAAAUUUUAAGGUCAGGAUCAUAAUUUUUCAGUAGUACUACAGCAAACUGGGAGUGCAUAUUAGCACAGUUUCUUGUUUGCUUUUGGCAUCUGAUAGAGUGUUUGGACUCGGAAGCUGUGAGCUGCCGUCAGGCUUCACUGGAUUCACACUUGUUUAUAAGUCCCUCCCCUCUUUGUUUCUAGUUGUAUCUUGUUUUCUUGAUUUUCUACUUCUGGGAUUCUUGUAUUUUUCUUCUUGUUAAUAAAAGAUUUGAUGAGACGCAACCACAAGAUACAAAGCAAACCCACACAAAGCACCCCAAACUCAUUAAAAGAUCACAUCAGAUGUGUUCAAGGAAUAAUUCACCAUAAUUUCAUUCGAAAUGUGUAUGACUGUGUGUUUUCUUCUGUUGAACACAUCAAAUUGAAUUAAAUAAUCCUUACAUAUUUUAAUUGAAUAAUUGAAUAAUCCUUAAUCAAUUACUCAAUUAAAAUACGAAAGGAUUAUUCAAUUUAAUUUUUGAAAUUUUACUAUUACAUUGCAUAAAUCUUAAAGUCCCCCUGUAGCUUGAAUGUAACUCUACACCCUUUCUUCAUUUAGUAUACACAGAUCUAUGAAUAUGCUAAUUAGCCCCGCCUCCACUCACUCGCAUGAGCUCAGAGAUCCACUCGGUGCUUUUUACAACAUCGGUCACAUAAUGGUAAUUAAUAUGAACCUUUUGCUUGACUACGUUAUCAAAGAGCUAAUAAUGUGUUGCUAAUAUUACAUGCUUCAGAGCGCUCAUAGUUAAUGAUAUGCUAAAGCCCGCCGCCAAG